AUGGGCCGAAUUGGUAAGACCACUCUUGCCAGAAAUUUAUUUGAGAAUGCAAAUGUCAAGGAGCAUUUUGAUAUUCGUGCUUGGACUACAAUUUCUCAAACUUUUAGUGUUCUAGAAAAACUUAGAGAACUCUAUACUCUGGCAAGUGGGAUUUCACGUGAUCCAAGUGUAAAAAUGAGUGAUUCCAAGGAGAAUGCAAAAUUGAAUGAUGUGAGUGAGAUUGAAAAAUUGGAUGUGAACCAAUUGGGUGGGAAGUUAUACCAGUUUUUAUUUGGCGGGAGGUAUUUCAUAAUAAUGGAUGAUAUGUGGGGUAUAGAGGUUUGGGACAAGAUCAAGCUUUUCUUUCCUGAUAGUAAAAAUGGGAGUCGAAUAAUCGUAACAACUAGGGAGUUAGACUUGAGUGCUAUGUUGAAUGAGUCUUAUAGAGUUGGUGUGAAAUUUCUUGAUGAGGCUAGUAGUUGGGCAUUGUUUUGUAAGACCGUAUUUGGAAAAGAAAGUUGCCCACGUGAGUUGGAAAAUACCGGAAAGAAUAUUGUAGCAAAUUGUAAAGGGCUCCCUUUAUCAAUUGCUACUAUAGGAGGUCUCUUGCCAAAAUCUGAGCUUACAAGCGAACAUUGGAAGCUUAUAGAGCUAAAUUUGAAUUCAAAUGUGAUUGAUAGUAAUGAUGAUAUUUGCUUGAAAAUAUUGAGGAUGAGCUAUAUCUAUCGCAAUCACGAUGAAGCACGAUUGUCUCACAAUCUUAGAUUGUUGAGGACAUUCAAAACAUAUGCUGAAGAUUUUGGUACUAUCACUAAUCAUUAG